GCCGCGGCACAAUAAUAAUACGGAAGUGGCUGAGAUUUUGGAAAGUCGGCUCUAAAAAGCGGCUAAAAUGAAAGUUUUAGUCGUAUUUGUGUAUUUAUUUGGCUUUUGUUGCUCGUCUGGACAAGCAGCGAAGAACGCGACAAUUCAGACGUUUGUUAUUCCUCACAGUCACAUGGACGUAGGAUGGGUUUACACUGUGCAGGAGAGUAUGCAUGCCUACGCAGCCAACGUGUACAACAGUGUAACGGAGGAACUGUCGAAGGAUAAGGGGCGCAGGUUCAUCUCUGUGGAGCAGGAGUUCUUCAGACUGUGGUGGGAUCAUGUGGCCUCAGACUGGCAUAAGAAACAACUUCGACAGCUGGUCAAAGAGGGUCGACUGGAGUUCGUCAUCGGGGGUCAGGUGAUGCACGACGAAGCUGUGACUGACCUGAACGACGACAUCCUGCAGAUGACGGAGGGACACGGGUUCCUGUACCAGACCUUCGGGGUCCGGCCCCGGUUCUCCUGGCACGUGGACCCGUUCGGCGCCUCCGCCACCACGCCGGUCCUGUUCGCUCUGGCCGGGUUCGACGCCCACGUCGUCUCACGCAUCGACUACGACCUGAAAGACGCCAUGCAGAAGAACAAGAAUCUGCAGUUUGUCUGGAGCGGUUCACCUUCACUGAAACAGCAGCAGAUCUUCACCCACGUCAUGGACCAGUUCAGCUACUGCACCCCGUCCCAGCUGCCCUUCUCCAACAGUUCUGGUUUUUACUGGAACGGGGUCGCCCUGUUCCCAGACCCCCCUAAAGAUGGAGUCUACCCCAACAUGAGCCUGCCCGUUACCAAGGAGACGGUCCACGCCUACGCCCAGACCAUGGUGGACAACAUCAAGCAGAGGGCGGCGUGGUUUCGCACCAACCAUGUGCUCUGGCCGUGGGGCUGCGACAAACAGUUCUACAACUCGUCGGUCCAGUUCAGGAACAUGGACCCGUUAAUGAACUACAUUAACCAGAACAGUGCAGAGCUGGGGGUGACGGUGCAGUACGCCACCCUCAGUCAGUACUUCCAGGCCGUCCACCAAUCAGAUCUGCUGUGGGACGUCCGCGGGAACCAGGACUUCCUGCCUUAUUCCACAGAGUCGUACCAGGCGUGGACGGGCUUCUACGCCUCCAGAAACGUCCUGAAAGGCGUGGCGCGACGGGCCAGUUCGCAGCUUCACGCGGCUGAGACCCUGUUUGCCCGGUACCGGAUCAGCUUCCCUGACGGACCGGUGGCUAAAGACUGGGCCCUGGACAAGCUGAAGGCGCUACGAUGGGCCGUCUCUGAGGUGCAACAUCAUGACGGUAUCACAGGUACUGAGUCUCCUAAAGUGGCUGAAAUGUACAUGGACCACCUGACCCAGGCCAUGAUGGGGGUGGAUGAACUUCUAGCUGCACUUUUCCUGCUUCCACACAACCUGGACAUCCACAGCGCCACCUACCGCAGCCACCACCACACAGCAGGCGUGGACGAGGAUCUGGAGCAGCACGUCAUCGUCUACAACCCCUUAGCCUGGAACGUCACCUCCAUCAUCAACGUCACCGUGGCGAUCGCCAUGGCAACGGUGUAUGACGACGACGGGCAGCCCGUCCCUUCACAGAUCCAGAGGUCGGCCCAGUCCAACCUGACCUUUGACCUUUUCAUGGUGGCAGAGCUGGGGGGCCUCCAACACAGGAAGUAUGUCAUAAAGUUCACGGGGAAGGCGGGGUCUGCGACGGCUGACGGCGGCUGGACAUACGAAGCCGAAGGGGUCCGGUUCGACAGACGACGCACCCGGGACCGGACCAGGACCGGGAGGAGGCUUCUGCCGGUCCUGAACGAGUGCUACAAGAUCAUGUUGGACCAGGACACCAACCUCCUGCACAGCAUCACAUACCUUCCAGACAAACGCAGAGUGAGGAUAACGCAGGAUUUCUGGCAGUACCACGCCAACGGAGACGUCAAAGCCGGACCCAUAUCUGAUAAUUACAUGUUCAGCCCCAACGGUUCGGCUGUGAAAGCCUACGAGGCCGUGGAGAUGGAGAUCAUCCCCGGGAAAAUCAUAACGGAGAUCAGACAGUACUUCUACAGAUCGGAGGGCGAUAAGGACUACGCCUACUCCAUCAUCACCCGUGUCCCAGAAUGCUAUGGGAGCAGGGUUGGGUGCCACAGACUGGAGCAGACGUAUUCUGUGGGUCCGCUGGACGUCAACACCGAGGUGGUCCUCAGAACCAGAACCUCCCUGACCAACAACCGGACCCUGUACAGCGACGACAACGGAUACCAGAUGAUGAAGAGGCCGUUCAGGACGUUCAGGAAUAACACUGUGGCCAGAAACUAUUUCCCGAUGGUCCGUGCUGCGUUCAUCCAGGACGACCUCAGCAGGUUGGUGGUGGUCAGUGACCGCGCCCACGGCGUGUCCAGCCAAUCCAACGGACAACUAGAGGUGAUGCUGCAUCGCCGUCUGUGGAACAACCUUCCGUGGAACCUCGGAUACAACCUGACGCUCAACGACAGCUCGGUGGCCACGCCCACUCUGUGGAUGAUGCUGGGCUCCGUGGAAACCGCCUCCAGGCUCCACCACCGGGAGGCGGUGGAGAUGCAGCACCGGCCCGUCGUCAUGGCAAUCGACCAACCACAGAAGCCGUGGAACUUGGAGCCCAGAGGCGCCGGCCCGGUUCCGUCCGUGGUUCUGCCUCCAAACCUCCACCUGCUCAGCCUCAGCAUCCCCGGGUGGAACUACAGCUCCGACCACGAGCGCCACCUCCGACGCCUGGACGCAGGGGAGGAUUUACGCUCCGAGGUGAACUACAACCGGGUUCUGCUGAGAAUCCUGCAUCUGUUUGAGGACGGAGAAGAUCCAGAACUGUCCAAACCAGUCACCAUCGACAUGAAGGAGGUUCUGCGGGGCUUUGGGGAGGUGACAUCAGUGGAGGAGCGUUCCCUGACGGGGACCUGGGCCCUGGACCGUCUGCAGAGGUGGACGUGGAACACCACCCAGACCAGAACCGAGCGGAGGAGGUGUCGGACCCGUGGAACCCAGACCUUCAGCGUCACCGUCUGGCCCAAGCAGAUCAGGACGUUCUUCGUCCAUUUCUGAACCCGACCGUCGAUGUCUUCUGUGAAGAUGCUAGUCUUAAACCUAGUCUAAUGCUGCCUUCAGGGGCUGUCGGGAAGAUGAGCCUUUCCACUUGUGAAUUCAGAAUUACCAGUACUUUUGUUGUUGUAGCAAAAAAAAAGAAAAAAAAUCACAGUUUUCCAGUGGAAAAUACAAGUUCAAGUGCCAUUUUCAAGUUUGUUACUAGUAUUUACCAUAAUUUAUGUAGCACAUGAAGGCAGCAUAACAUGAAGAAAAAAUCCUGGACGUCAAAGUAACGAGUUAGUAUCUACAAAUACUCAGAUACUUUUGCAAAAGAAUCAGAAAUGAAUCAUUAAUUAGUUAAAAAAUAUAACUUAAUGAGUCAAAACAACUGAUUAAAUACUAAUUACUUGAAGGUUUUCCAUUAUUUUGAGUCUAAUGCUGCCUUCAGGUGCUAUCAAGAAGAUGAGCCUUUCUGGUAGUGAAAUUGAAAUUACCUUAAUGUUGUGUUCAAGUGCUUUUGUUGUCGUAGUGAAAACAUUUUCCCAGUUCUCCAGUGGAAAAUACACAAUGAGGGGGCAUUCAAGUGCAAUUUUUGAAUCCGUAACAAGUGUUUACUAUAAUUCCUAUAGCACAUGAAGGCAGCAUAACAAGAAAAAAAAUCCUCGAAGUCUCAAAUGAAUCAAAAUUUAGUCAUUAAUUAGUUAAAAAUGAGGACUUGAGUCAAAAAAAACUAAUUGGCAUCAGAGUCAUUAUUUGGAGACUUAUGCUGCCUUCAUGUGCCAUGGGGAAUUAUGGUAAAUACUGGUUACAAACUCAGCAGCUCAUGGAUGUAAGUUUUUUCCCAGUUCUACAGUGGAAAAUAUGACAUGAGGGGGCGUUCAAGUGCAAUUUUCGAGUUCAUUACUAGUAUUUACCAUAAUUCCCAUAGCACAUGAAGGCAGCAU